UUAAACACUGCCACAAUCUGAAAGGUCCAGGUGGUCUGCUCGUGCUUCCUAAUGCAAUCCAGCACAACAGCUUUAAUAAACAGUUCUAUUUAGUUCUCCCUCCCUGUAUCCAGGGAAGGGAACUGGUCUGGGGCUGCUGUGAUGAAAUGCCAGAAGAAUAUCUCUCAAAGGCCUCACAAGCUGAUUUUUAGAGCUUUUCCAUUUUGUCGUCUUUGUCUUCCAAAUGGGAUCCAAUGAUAGCUGGACAAGUCAGUAAGCCCUUGCUGUCACUGCGGAGUGAAAUGAAUGCAGAGUUGAGAGGUGAGGACAAGGCAGCUACUUCAGACAACGAGCUGAAUGAGCCCCUGCUUGCGCCUGUGGAAUCAAAUGACAGCGAGGACACUCCCAGCAAGCUCUUCGAGGCCAGAGGAAACACAUUGCUGUCUGAUACAAGUCCAGGUGACCAGCACCAACCCAGUCAGUCCCAUCCUUCAUUCCCUGUUGGGCCUCAGCCAUUACUGACAGCCCAACAGUUAGCCUCAGCAGUAGCAGGGGUGAUGCCAGGAGGCACUCCGGCCCUGAAUCAACCGAUUCUUAUUCCUUUCAACAUGGCUGGGCAGCUGGGAGGCCAACAAGGACUGGUCCUAACUCUACCUACAGCAAAUCUUACAAACAUCCAAGGACUGGUAGCAGCAGCUGCAGCAGGAGGCAUUAUGACUUUGCCAUUGCAAAAUCUACAAGCUACCUCAUCCCUGAACUCACAGCUUCAACAGCUUCAGCAUCUUCAGCAGCUCCAACAUCAACAGCAGCAGCAGCAGCAGCAAGGGCAGCAGCAGCAGCAGCAAAGCCAGCAGCAGCAGCAACAGACUCAACAGACACAGACUCCACAGCCACCUCAGCAGACCCAGCAGCCACAGCCACAGCCAUCAGCGCCUCCACAGCAGAACCAAACACAGCCCCAGAGCCAGAGUCAGCAGCCUUCAGUCCCACAGUCCUCCAGUUCCCCUCAGAAACCAAGCCAGUCACCAGGACAUGGCCUUCCAUCUCCUCUUACUUCACCAAAUCCCUUGCAGCUGGUUAACAAUCCACUAGCAAGUCAAGCAGCAGCGGCUGCAGCAGCAGCAGCCAUGGGCUCGAUAGCAAGCUCCCAGGCCUUUGGCAAUGCCCUCUCCAGUCUUCAGGGGGUCACAGGUCAACUCGUCACUAAUGCACAAGGACAGAUUAUUGGAACAAUCCCACUGAUGCCUAAUCCAGUCCCCUCCAGCCAGGCAGCUGGUGGAGCUCAGGGCCUUCAGGUGCAGCCAAUAACUCCACAGUUACUGACGAAUGCCCAGGGUCAGAUCAUCGCUACCGUCAUCGGCAACCAGAUACUCCCAGUGAUCAAUACCCAGGGAAUAACGCUAUCACCACUUAAACCAGGCCAACAGCUCCAUCAGCCCUCCCAGACGCAAGUGGGACAAGCAGCCUCACAGUCCAAUCUCCUGCAUUUGGCUCACAGUCAAGCAUCUAUGUCUCAAAGCCCAGUUCGUCAGGCUUCCUCUUCUUCCUCCUCAUCCUCCUCUUCUUCAGCUUUGAGUGUUGGCCAGUUAGUCAGCAAUCCUCAGACAGCCACUGGAGAAGUGGAUGGGGUGAAUCUGGAAGAAAUCCGAGAGUUUGCCAAAGCUUUUAAAAUCCGGCGCCUGUCCCUUGGCCUGACCCAGACUCAAGUUGGCCAAGCCCUAAGCGCUACCGAAGGCCCAGCUUAUAGCCAGUCUGCCAUCUGCAGACACACCAUCCUGAGAAGCCACUUUUUCCUACCACAGGAAGCCCAAGAGAACACUAUAGCUAGCAGUCUGACAGCCAAACUGAACCCUGGCCUUUUGUAUCCUGCCAGGUUUGAAAAGCUGGACAUCACCCCUAAAAGCGCCCAGAAGCUGAAGCCGGUGCUUGAGCGGUGGAUGGCUGAGGCUGAGGCCCGCCAUCGAGCAGGUAUGCAGAACCUUACCGAGUUUAUCGGAAGUGAACCAUCCAAAAAGCGCAAGAGGCGUACUUCAUUCACGCCACAAGCCCUAGAGAUCUUGAAUGCUCACUUUGAGAAGAACACGCACCCCUCUGGGCAAGAAAUGACAGAGAUUGCAGAGAAACUGAACUAUGACCGGGAAGUAGUUAGAGUUUGGUUCUGCAAUAAGAGGCAAGCACUGAAGAACACAAUUAAGCGUUUGAAACAGCAUGAGCCUGCGACAGCAGUUCCUAUGGAGCCAUUAACAGACUCACUGGAAGAAAACUCCUAAAAGCAAAACAAAAUAAAACUACACACAAAACAAAAACCCUGCACAGACAGAAAGCUAACCAUUCGAACUCUGUGAAAAUACCUGUUCAUCACCCUUGUAAGUAAAAGACUGAGAAAACUACGAGAAGGACAGAACAGUUUAUAAAUGUCCGUGAGUUUUCCUAUAUAAAAACAGAACAAAGAACUGCACAACACUUAGCGUUUGUGUCGUAGAAUUAGUUUCCCCCCAAAAAAGAAAAAGCCAGUUUGUUUUUCUAAAGGGACUUAAAGUAAACCAAAUAACUGCUGACUUUUUUUCUGUAUAUUAUGAAAAUGUGAACACAUUUUAAGGAGAAAAAAAAAAAAAAGAAAAAGAAAGAAAAAAAAAAAGAAAAAAAGAAAGAAAACACACACAAAAAAAGUAAAUAAAAAUAAAAAACUUUUAUCUGUUGAAAAGAGAAUACAAGCCUGCCACCUGGAGGAGUGAUUGUAGCCUUUCAGGUAUCAAGUGCUGAUUCACUAUGAAAACUAUUAACCAAAGUCAGAAACAUGGAAUUGCAAACUAGAUUGUUAGUUUACUCUUUUAUGGGUAUAAAUCUGUGUUAUGAAUUUUUACAUUUGUAUUUUACAAAGAGAAAAACAACAGGAUUAAUUUCUCUCAUCCAUGGCCACACCCCUGCAGGUGUGUACAAACAGGUGUCAAAGCCAUUCCCUCGUGGUCACCUCCUUUUCUUUUGUUUUAUUUUUAGUCAACAGUUAUGCAAUCUCCAAGUGUUUGGGUGCCAAAAACAAUUGUUUUAAUUGUGAUUUGCAAGGUUUGUUAUUUGUCUUGUAAGGGUGUAAAUCUCAGUUUUCAUUUCUAUUUUUAAUUCUUUUUUCUGACUCUUUUUGCUGCCUUCAACUCAUUCUCCACCCAUUCCCUACACUCCCAUAACCUAGUACUGUUUGAAAGUUCUUAGAAAGAGAAGUGCAACCUGAACACUUUCAUACCAAUAUGCUGAAAUACAACAGAGGACAAAGGAUUAGGAUUGUGUCUGAUAAACAGACAGCCCAUUGACAACUGCAUAGCUUGGGAUCUCUCAGUCCUUUAUUUAAGAACCUUGAGAGGCUACCAAAAUUCAUUUGUAGUAUGAACAUAAACUGCACACAUGGUUCAGUACGGCAUCUAUCUUAGGGCUCCAUUUGAAGCAAUUUCUCUCCAAAAUCUGCUAGCCAAAGAAAUUUCUUGAGAUUCUGAUGGAAACAAAUAGGCCAAGAGGUGAUGAGGGUGUUCUGAUCAUUGUGUUACUAUGGCCUGCCUCAGUAGUAGUGCUUCAUUUCUUCUGCUUCUUUUUAUUAUUUUUUUAAACUUUAUUUUAUUUUAUUUUAUUUUAUAUUUCAUCCUGAGCUAGAUGUUUGCCCAUUGUAGGAUACAGGAAAACCUAUUGAAUAACUUUUGGGAAUAGUGAGGUCUGUGACCUGCAAUAUGUUUCAGAUGAGGAACUUUCCCUUCAAAGACAAUUUGUUUCUAUAACUUCUAUUUUGAUAGGACAGGCAUCUGCUAAAGCACUGUAAACACUGGACAUAGGAGCAUGACAAUGCUCAUGAUAGAAAAGUGUUGCAGGUUCUCGAUGGGCUACGUCCUGAUCCACCAAGGUCACCGUGAUUUUCAUCUUGUGAUGAAUGUUAGCCCAUUAUUAGAAUGGAAGCUAUGUCUUGAGCAGAGCUUACCAAACUUAGCCUUUGGUAUAUGGUCCUCACUGUAGAGGCAGUAGGGUAAAAUUCUGCUGGUGUACCUUUUCCUUGCGUUCCCUGACUUCAGGGUUGUUGUAGUGGACUUUUACCAGCCUGCCCACGAUGCUGAAGAAGGCUCCCAAAGUGCUGUAGUCUGCAAAUAGCACGCCUCAUACAGAAUUAUGUUUUGAAGAACACAAGGCUAUAUUCAAAACACAGUGAAAGAAAGACUUCCAUUGAUUUAACUGAGCUUUGAAUCUAUCCCUUGCUGAUUUAUUAAUGGGGUUUGCCAUGUAACAUGUAUUUUGUUUCAUUACUGGUGGAGUUUCAAAGCUUCUGAGACUAUCAUCUGUGACAGAAACUGCAUCUAAAUGUGAGCACUCUCAAAGGUCAGGGUUGGAGAGCACUGAAGUAUUCAGUACUCCAGACUGGGCUCACAUCCAGUGAAUGCAUCUUAGACUUUAAGCUUCAGCAGGGUAUGUUUAAGUAUAUUAAGUUUCCAUACUACUUUUAUGGGAGGAGAGUGAGAAUUGUUAUUGACUGUUUUCCAACUGUUGAUAUAUAAACAUCUUCAUGGGGAAAAAAGAUACUAAGAAAUAAUUUAAAUUAAAGAUGAAUAUAUCUAUGUUACCUAUGCCAAACAGAGCUAAAUAUACAGCCACAAUUAUGUAACGAUCAGCAGACCACCCAGAAAUGAGGAAGGAAAAACAGAUAGUAUUUGGUACUGGACACCCUAUCCAUAUCUCCAGUACAUUACUAAUUGUCUGGUCAUUGAUGCCAUAAACAUUUACUUGUUCAUCUACACUUGAGAGAGCAUAUGCCCACCCCUCCACUAGUCAUCAACACCCUGGGAACGAAACCAUCAACCACUUGUUGCCUAAAAACAGAAUUUCUGAUUCUCCCAGAGACUGUACUAAAUUUCAUGAUGAAAAAAUCUCCCAAGAAGAAAAGUUAACUAAAUGGCAUGUGAAAGAUACUAAAUGUUUAAAAAUAUGCUGGCAGUAGUUAUAUAAGGUCUUUUCUCUCUCUUCCAAAGUACAUAUCAGAGGGAUAUAACUAGAACAGCGAAAAUGUGAACUAAAUAUAAAUUGCCAGCUUGGAAGAAAAAAUAAUGUUCAUCCCACAGUCUUAAAAUCAUUCAUGUGCAGAGAUUUUUUUUACAGUUUUCUAAUUUUAUAUUAUGUUUUGUAAAUUAUUUAUAAAGUGUUGUAAUGCUUCUUAUAUUAAUUUUUUUAUAAACAAAUUUUUACUAUGAGGCAUAAAUGGUGCCUGAACAGAUUCUUAGGAAGAUAAAUUAUGUGUGAGUCAUACAUCUUUCGGGGGCCAUAAAUAUUUUGUUUUGUUUUGUUACUGGCAACAUUUCUGGUUUCCAUUUGUAAACAAUUUGCAUCUAUUGAGUACAUCUGAAGACCUUUUAAUUUUGCAUGUGACUAAAAGAUAGAUUGCUACCAGCAAAUGAAACAGAAGUCUCUUCAGUCAUAUGUGAAGGUUUAAUGGUUUUCCAAUUUAUUGAUUACUGAAUUUUUAUAUAUAUAUGUAUAUAUAUAUAUAUAUAUAUAUAUAUAUAUAAUCAUUAUUUGAAUAAUGAACCAAGGGUUCAAUUACCAAUCUGAUUUUGUCUUUUUAUGUUUUUUCACUAAAAAGCUGUUUUGGACAGUUAAAGAAAUCCAAUGCAUUCAAAUGGUUCCAGUUUCUUUAUGUUAUUAGCAAAAAAAAAAAAAAAAAGAAGAAAAAAAAAAAAAAAAAAAAAAAAAAAAAAAAAAAAAAGAAGAGAGAACAAGAACGCAAAAAGGAGCUAGGAAGGAACAAGUAGAGGCGUAUCAAAGAACUCAAGCUAUAACCAAAAAGAAAAAUGUAAAAUGCCUUUGCUCGUCUUCUCAAUGCUGGACCAAAGCUCAAUGUAUGUAGGUAUAUGCACAUUGUAUAGAUAUGGCUAAAUGUUGCUGACAAUCUUGCAAUACUAAACUGUUACUAUUAAAAAAAAAAAGAAAAAAAAAAAGAAAAAAAAAAAAAGAAAUACAAAAAUGAAACUGUUCAUCAGUGUUUUACCUCAGCACUCUACUUGUACCCAGUUAUUGACCAACAUUCAAACUAGAAGAGCGGAAAAUAAUUUCCAUCAAUGUUUGACUGUAAAAUCUGUUUGGAUAACAUUUUGUAAUGAGCUUUUUGUCAUGUGGUUUGCUUGUUUCCAACUUGAGAUUAUGUGGGCACAUUUGUUUAUUUAUUGUUAAAAAGUGAUAUUAUUAUUAUUAUUAUUACUAUUAUUAUUAUUAUUAUUAUUAUUAUUAUUUUUCGUCCUAUGUGCUAUAAUCUACAGAAUGGUCACCAGGGUCACUUAUGAAGCACUGCAAAGAGAUCUGUUUUUCCAUGCAUGGAGCAUGCAGCGGAAAGAUGGCAGUAUGAAAUGGACUGUGUUUUGUUGCUAAAAAUUACUAAUUAUUCCAAAAGGAGUUGAUGUGGUGGACUUGUGACCAAGAAACCAAACUGGAUAUUUAAAAGCUCCUUACUACUCUGACUUUGAAACCAAAGCUGAUUUAUCUGCACAGGUUGCUUAACAUGAAUAAAAUAAAAAAUAAACUGACAAAAACUGUACUUAAUCUAGAGCAAUAUCUGUAUGGUCAGUAAAGCUGCACUUUGUGUAUUUCUUAACAGCUUCAGAUCUGUCACUUUUAAUUUGUACCAUAAGAAUAAAAGAAUUGUUUGACAUGAAAAAUAAACUUUCAUGUGUUUGUCUAAA